AUGGCAAGAAGACUCAAUGCUAAGCUGCUGCCUCCCAAGAGACUCGUGAAGUCCAAGGCCAAGUCUGAAAUAUUUCACGGUAAGAUGAAGAGCAAGAUCGAAAGGAGAAGAGACCAAAGUGAGAAGUUGGCCAAGCUGAGAAAGUCAGAUUGGGAAACCAUCAAUAACGAGGUGAUCGAGAGCAGAGAGGAAAGCCAGAAGUUUGAGAUCGACUCCAAAACAUUGACUUCGAGUGGGUACGAGGUUCUGGAGGACAAUGUGGAAGCUUGA